UUCAUAGUCACACUUUUUUAUGUUCAGUUCAGCAAUUCACGCUUGUAGUGUGUGUACUGUGAUAUCUAACAAUUUAUGUAUUUUUAGAUAAUGUGACACACAAAUAAUACGACGAUGUUAUAAUACAUCUGAAUGCAUUCUUGUAACUGUAGUAGGUUGACAUUACAGAAGUGAAAGAAAAUAUAUAUCAAAAAAUGGAAGUGCAGUAUCUGAGUCAAGAACAUUUGUCUGGGUUUGAAAAUUAUAAGUACAGCUCCUUGGAUACUAGCCCACUGAGUAUAUAUGUGAUGCAUCCCUUCUGGAACCAUGUUGUUGAAUGGUGCCCAAAAUGGAUUGCACCAAAUCUCUUGACAUUCGCUGGGUUCCUGUUUACAGUCCUCAAUUUCCUGUUGCUUUCAUACUAUGACUAUAACUUCUAUGCAUCAAGUGAUGAACAUCCAGAGUUUCCAGCAGUCCCUCAAUGGGUGUGGGCUGUGGCAGCCCUUAAUAUAUUUUUAGCAUAUACGUUAGAUGGUAUUGAUGGAAAGCAGGCUCGACGGACCCAGACUACUGGUCCCCUGGGUGAACUGUUUGACCAUGGACUCGAUUCAUGGACAGCAUUCCUAAUUCCAACAUGCAUGUACUCUGUGUUUGGUCGUAGCAUGAAUGGUAUACCUCCGCUCCGAAUGUACUUCUGUCUGUGGAAUAUAUUUGUUAAUUUUUAUCUCUCUCACUGGGAGAAACACAUUACAGGUGUACUGUUCUUGCCAUGGGGUUAUGAUGCCUCAAUGGUGGUAGCCAUUCUCAUAUUUGUAAUUACAUCAGUAUUUGGCCGUCAGGUGUGGGAAUUCAGCUUGCCAGGUGGGAUCUCAUCUGGUCACAUGUUUGAACUAACAUUCUACAUAUGUGCCAUGGCAUCAAACAUACCAAUGUCCUUAUGGAAUAUAUAUAAAUCAUACCGGGAUAGGACAGGAAAGAUGCGGCCAUUCAGUGAGGCAGUGAAGCCGUUAGUACCUGUCACGCUGUUCCUUAUUGUCUGCACGGUGUGGGUCGUUUAUUCUCCUGUAGAUAUAGUAAACCUGGAUCCAAGAUGUGUGUACUUGGUUACUGGAACUAUCUUCUCAAACAUCUGUUGUCGACUGAUAGUGUCUCAAAUGUCAUCAGUGCAUUGUGAUCUGUUCAACUGGCUGAUAAUACCAGUUGGCCUUGUCACAGCUGUCUCUCUAAUGUUACCAUCCACCACUGGAGCCUCCGCUGAGCUGUCCAUGCUGUAUGCUCUGGCAGUCAUCACUACAGUGGCACAUGUGCAUUAUGGAACUUGUGUGGUACGCCAAAUGUGCAGACAUUUUCGAAUCAGCUGUUUCCGCAACCAUCAACACAGAGAAUGACUACUAGCAGACAGCACGUGUUGAACCCUGGUAACAGAUAAAACCGAGAGAUCCCUAAAGAAAGUGAGAGAAAGUUUAUUUGAAACUUCCAGUGUUUUUGGUGAAGAAAUUUAAGAAUUCAGUAGGAAAUGUCUCCAAGCUCCUUUCGUGAUGGGUAAUUCAUUGGACAUCACAUACACAUACUCAUGAAAAUGCAUAUAAUCACAUUCAAUUAAAGAAAAAGGAGAGGAACGAAGCAGUCCUUCCCCUAGAAUCAUCAUACCUCUGUAAAUAUCACAUGCUCAUACACAUUUAAAUGCAUCAACAGAAAUAUUAUAUAUUAUUGCUGCCUGUGUAGUAUAAGUGGUAGUAAGAUACAUAAGUGACUGUGAGCUCUGUACAAGUGCCUAAGAUGACAUGGCUGCAGAGCAACAGAUGCUGCCAUCACUUGCUCACAACACUGCUCCUUAAGAGCUUGGGAGAUGCUGUUGAACAGACUCGAGUAGAAUCAUCAUUAUAUAGCGUCCUUCAGUGUUCAAUGUUCACAGUUCAGUAAAAUGAGAUUUGAGAUUCUCACAGCAUUGAAUACUAAGACUGGAGUCUUCUGGGAUAUGACACCGUGUAGUGCAGUUGAUAGCUCCCAUUGUUUCGCUGGAAAGUACUGUCUCCAUGUUGAGGAUAUGAGAAGUAACAUAAUCUGAAAAUGGAGGCAACAUGUUCCUCUCAGACAUUGUUAAGUAUUGUCAUGUGUAGGGUGGGGUAUGCGUGACCAAAUGAGGCGUUUUAGUUUGGAUGAUUGGAUUUAUUAACAGCUUGGUUACACACUCUAUCUUAUUACACUCAGAUUACAGCUCUAUUGCUGCUUUACACACAUUCCAGUUCCCCUUUGCGCACGCAUUAGGAUUCUCCGUCUCUUCUAGUCGUCUCCUAGCAACAGGUCUCAGCACAGAAACUAGCACUCAAAUAACUACAAGUAUUACACCUAAGCUCUUUCAGUUACACUUCUGGUAUCACUGCACCAUUGCAUACAUAAAGUCUUGGGGUCAUACAGUAAGUCUUCACUGCUGACUCCUCAGCUAUCACUCACUAUCACUGACUAUUACACCCAUAAAAUCUUCCAGUCACACUUUACAUCCUCACAGGCCAACCUCCAGUAUUCUUCUGUCCUCCAUUCCACCACUCGUUUUUGUCUGGUCUGCCCCUCAUCAUGCAGCUUCAAAUUGGACAGCACGGAAACAUCGCGAUCAACAGUACAAAAAAAAUGAACACAAAGAAAAACUGAAGAUUGAGAUAUUCAGUUCGCGCAAACUUAGGAAUUUUUGUGUCCUGAGAAAUAAAUAAUGUUCCUCACUUAAGAGAAAGUGCAAAUUAAGGUGCAGUCACACACUUAUUAUUUGCUUAAUGUCAUUGUCUAGGGGUGUGGGGGUAGGCUUGCAGUCAAAGAGUUCUCAGUUUUAUCUCUAGUCUGGUCUGUGUAGACAUUUCAUCAUCUUACAGACUGAAACUUUUGCCUCUACCAAAGUCAGAACUUUCGGAAUGUGGACAAUACCAGACCCCCUCCUGUGGCACGGGGCCUAUUUUAUAUCAUAGGUCUUCUCUGCUGUCCAUCAUUUUUAUGACUGUCAUAUCACCGAGGGAAACAGAAUCUGUUGUAUGAAUGUCUCCAUCUAAUAUAGAGACUUUACGCCUUCACUCAGGUGUACAGAGGCCAGAACAGUCAAAAGAUGCUGUCUUGAGGAACUAAACAAUUACUUCAUUUUCUCUGUAAUAUUCUUGCCAUGGCUUGCUUAAAAUUCAUUUUGACUCGUCUCGAUUUUGUAGCAUCAAAGAUGGUAUAUUCAUGAGCUGUAAUAUGUCAUCAUCUUCUGUUGUCUACCUGAGAUCUUAAUUGUUGCACAUGUUCUCCUCUUUGCUCUUUUUUAAUCAGUAUCUCACUGCAAAAAUGUGUUUGAAUGUCAUGAUACAGAAAUGUACUUAUUCAGUGUGUGUUUAAUUUACACAGUCAAUUUUCUGAAUAGGAAUGUCACAUUAAAUAUUUAGUAUUUUUCAGUUCUUACUUUGUUUGGAAAGUGUUCUUUCAUAUUUCACAUAUUUGCCUCACUGUAUUCUUUCUUAUAAAAAUGAAGUCAUAAUUAAUCAUGCAAUAAAUGCAAGAAUAAAUAUUUGUGUUUGAAAUGAAAAGUUUGAUAAGUUGACUUGGAAUCUGUGGUGAGAUAGAAUCAAAGUAAAGGCAUAACAGACACAUAAAAUACAACAAACUGACUCGAUGUUCUAUGCACAUUGUGGGCCGAAUUGAAAGAGAAAUUCUUGUUUUUCAAGUCCAUGAUCCACAUAAUGUUACAGUUGGUAAUUUUCACUGAGAACUGGCAUUUAGAUUCUUAUGAUGGUAACAGUACCAACUUUCAUAUAUAUAUUGUUUAUUUGAGAGGUAAUAAUGUAUUUUAAAAUAGGAAUUUGAAAGUUGUGUUUUAUGUACAUUCUCAAGAUUAUAAAUCAUUAUGAUGAUUAUGAAUUACAGAAUAAACAUGGUAAAGCUCAUAUAGGGGUAAACAGAUUAAAAUUUUAUCAGUUAGACUAAAGAAACUUUCCCACUUAAGAAGUCCAGUUACUGUGUAUCAGUAGCUGGCUACAGGCUAAUUUCUUCAACGUUGAUGGAUCAGACGUCAUCUGAUUUCUAGUUAUAUUAAUAACUGAACUAUGGAAACAAAAAUUUAAAUUAUAAUAUGGAAACAUAUUUAAUAUAUGUGUAUAAAUAUAUAUUUCCCCCCACCUUACUUAAAUGCAUAUAUUCCCUUGAGACCUUCUUCAUAUGAUAUAUUUAAUGGCCUUUGAAUGCCCUUUGCUCUCAGAAGGGUAAAACUGCCAGGAAAUAGUUGAGUUAGAGUCAUAAGCUGGUUAUUUGGCUUUUCAGUACAAGUUGAACUUGUGGAUUAAUGUGUAAACUGCUUGCAGAAGAAAUAAAAAUGCUUACUGUACAUAAUCAGGUAUUAAUGUGAGCAUAUUAAAUUUUGUUAUGAUCAGUGUGCAUUACUUAAUAUUUAUUUAGUUAUGAACUUCAUAUGGGUCUUUUACAUGUGUCUGAAAUGCAUCUGCAAACACAUAUAGUUAAUAUCUGCAGGUAACAUUUUCUCUCAUGUUUUUCAUACUUUUAGGGAAGAUAUUUUGUUCGGAAGUGGUUUUUCUCGGUUUUUAUGAACACGUGCUGUCCCUCAGAAGCAUUUUCAGCAGUGAUUUCAACAUAUAAUACUAUGCUACUUUGUUUUGUAGACCAUUUUAUGGUGUCAGUCAUCAGAUGUGUUUGAAAGCAGCAUGCUUGAUUUUAGGGGUUUUUUUUAUAUUGGUCAGUAUGCCUAUAAAAUGAGAUGUUUCUCAAGAAAGCAGUGACCAAUUCAUGUAGAUAAGUUUAAAGGUAUAAUUUCAUACCAUAUAUUGUUUUUUUUUUCUUGUAAAAGCAUUUAUCCUCUUUACAAAAAUGAACAUGUGAUUUUUCUAUGGACGACAUGUAUUCAUCAAUGAAGCAUUGUUUAUCAAAUUUAUUUUGCUACUGUGUUGGGCAGUUUAAGUUAAGUUGUACUGAGAAGUGGUAUGUUGCUGUUGAACAGUAGCUUCUUGGAGCAUUCAUUGACCACAGUCUGACAUAACAGCUAUCUACUCUGCAUCAUAGCAGAAAUAAAUAUGUUGAUUUUCUUUUGUUCCAUCAUAGCUACUUACAGAAAGAUAUAAAGAAUGGAAAGAGCACUCCUUCAUAGGUUUGAGGUUCUCACAGUGGUGAAUAUUUUGAUAAGUCUUCUGUGGUCUUAUGCUGUAUAGUGUGGUAGAUAGGUUCCAAAAUUUGGAAGAAUAGCUGCCUCCAUCUGCUGUCCUGUGGAUGGCACCUAUGCACAAGUGUCACCACCCAGAAGACAGUAGUCUCAGCAGUCCUUCUGACUUGCAGAAGUUGUGUGUUUUGGUUAGGACUGUUAUCCCGGGCAUGCAGAAGCCUCCACUCACAGUCUGGUGGUGAGGAGGUCACCAGUCCUCUUACACUGCAAUCAGACGAGGUAUGUGAGUAUAUGAGUAUAUGUAGGUGGCAUAUAUAUAAACAGUAAUGCCAUAGUAUAUACUCAGACUAACACAGAGUGGUCACUGCACAUAACCACUGUUGACGAAUGCAUCUGAGACAUGAGCUACUCUGCCCAAACGUGCAGACUACUUGUACUGUCUAAGAUGUUUUGGAGAGCCUUUUUUUUUAAAGUAUCACUUAGACUGUGCUAGUAUUUCACCUUAUCUUCAACAGAUGGCACCCAUGUCUUUCUUUGAUCAAGGAAUGCAUUUUACUUAUGAGCAUACACCAAAGGAGAUCUAAAAAUAAGAUAACACUGCAACAGCAGGAAUAUGCUGUCGUUUAAAUAUAGCUGGAAGGGCAGACAGGCUACCAUUUAAAGGAGCUUUCAAGAAGAAUACUGUUUUAUGGGAUGUGAUAUAGCCUGAUAGAAGUUUACUUUGGAGGAAUGUAUUGCUUUUAUCUUUAGGGUGAAAGAGUAAGCAAGGAGCAAGCACUCUCCUUGCUGCUUGCUCUUCACCCUUGAGGAGAGGUAGUACAUUCCUCUGAAACAUUAUUAGCUUCUACCAGACUAAAUGGUAUCACAUCCCAGAAGGUAUUACUCUUCAUAGUCACUCCUGUAAGGCCCUCAGAUCUCACAGUGUUCAAGAAGUAAUCUGUGUGUACUCAGGUUAACACUGAAAUAAUGUUAGGGGUUUUUACAGACAUAGAGCAUACUGUCUCUGUUUCAGACAACGUUAUUGACUGUUAGAAAUGUCUAAAAUAUAUGUUUCUUGGCAUAAACUUGUGAGCACACUGUAAGAAGAACAUGUAACAGGACGGAUAGUCACAAAAGAUGCCAGCGAGUCCGCUUACAGCAGUUGACAAAAUAGGCAUGAAGGCCUAAACUGUUUUUUGUACAUGCCUCCAUAUGUUUAAUCUUCUUAUCAUAAUGGGUUGUCUUUUGUCUUUGAAUGUAAACAUGAUGUUGCAGUGUAAUUGAGAUGAAUUUGUCAGUGGAAUGCUGAGGUUGGAUAUAGCAAGCAUGUGUGAAAUCUCUGAAUGUAUAAAUAUUAAUACUCCAGUAUGUUAACAUGUACAGGUUACAUGCAGCAUUUCAUUUGUAAGAUCUGAAGUUUUCACAGUGGUGAAGAUUGUGGUCUGCUGAGUUAUGGCACUAUGCUGUAGUCUAGUAAGUGGGUACCAUUGUUUUGGAGGAAGAUUUUGCCGCCCUCUUCAGACUUCAACUCUGAAGAUGGAGACAUUUAUGUUCUUGCAAAUGUGGGUACCCACCUAUGAUACAGCAACAUGAUGUCAUUACUGACAAGAACACAACAUGAACAUUUAGUUUGUCUGUAUUAAAGAGAGAAAAUGGUGGAAAUGACUUGCCCAACUGACAUGCAUAUUUAUGCUAAUGACAGUUUGUUAUGCAGAUUAUAAAUACAUGAAAGAAUUACACAGAACACCUCCUGUAGACAAGUAAAGAAGUAAAUGUAAAUGGAACUAAAUAAGGCACAUGAUGCAAAUUGAAAAUCAAUAAAAAUUUUAAAACUGUAAUUAAUCAUUUUAAAAUGUUUCAAAAUUAAGUGUCUGCAAACAGCACUGAAAUGCAAGGUUCAGUAUUAAAUUAAGACAUGAAUAAACUCUGUAAAUGCUUGUUAUCAUUCAGUGGGAGAAGUGUCGUCAUCCCAUCUGUUUCCAAGAUGUUAAGUCAUGAUAUAGAAAACAGUUUAUCCAGUUAUUUUGCAUGGUUGUUAAAUGAGGUCUCUUGCAUUUACUAAAGAACUUAAAUUACAAGUAUCUGAAAACAGAGGGCUCAGGAAAAUAUUUGGGCUGCAGAAAGAUAUAAGUAACAUAUUACAUAAUGAGGAACUUUGUGAGUUAGAUGGUACUGUUAGAUUGGUAAUGUCCUAGAAACUGUGAUGAGCAGGCAUGUGUCUAGGAUGAGGAAGACAGCGAAUUUGUACAGAAUUUUGGAAAAGAAACAUCUUCAGACGUGUCCACUUGGAAGACCAAGAAGAAAAUUGGAGAAUAAUAUUAAGAUUGAUCUUGAGGAGAUUACAAGUAUCUGAAUUGGAUGCAACUGGCUCAGCAGUGUUGAACUUUUGGAAUCUGCAAACAUACUGUUAGCAUACAGAAUAUCAGUUGCCCAUAAUGCAUUGCAAAUACCGAAUAUAUGUAGCUUUGAAAUUACCCGUAGUGACAUGGAACUCCAUGCAGCACAAUCCUUCAUAAGAAACUAAUUGUCUCUCAGCAAGUCAAGAUGAUCCCUGCAUUUUAUGGAACCUUGAAGUUCAUACAAGAGUGGGCCCACUGCCAUUUCUCCUGAGCCAAGUGAAUUCAGUCCACAACCUCCCAUCAGAUUUCUCUCAGACUGGCUUUCACUCUGCUGUGCCACACUAUAUCCUGCUUUAAAGAAAAAAGUAAGCUUUUGAGAUCGCCAUAAUGUCUCUGUAUCUCCCAUUUCAACUUUUGAAUCAGUUGACUGAUUUUCACAAACUCUGUAUGAUUCUUAUUCCAUUGGAGGCCAUCUUGGUGUCAUAAUUUUGAAUUACUUAGUCAGUAGUAAUUACACAGCAGAUACACAAACUUGUGUGAUAUGUAACACCAUGGUGGCCAUGGGAUGAUGAUAGUAACUAUUAAUUAAACCAUUGAAACUAUGCAUAUGAAAUUUGAUAUGGAGGUAGAUCACGAACAUAACAACUUACAUGUUAUAUAUGAAACAUUAGUUACAAACCUGGUGAUAAUCUGAAGCUCUGAGGUUAUAUCAAGCAAAUUUAAUAUAUACAGAACCUGUACAUAAAGCAACAAUAAUAACUUAACAUGAUUAGAAAUCCAUAUGGAUUCAGAAAGUUGGCUUCAUGAGUUUUGCUCAGAACUCCUUGUUAUAUCCUCCUCUCUAUGCAUAAGUCUUCCAAAUGGCUGUACACAUGGGGGUUAUUUGAAAACCUGCCACAAAUCUUUGGCCCAGUCAAGUAGAAAAGAGAUACAUCACUCAUGUCAACAAGCACCAUGUUUGACAGACCAGUAGCAUACAUGCAUAAAUUUCUAUCAUCUAUAGUCCCAAACCCCUGCUAUUGUAUUGAACUUCAGUCAGGCAUGUUCUUCAUGUAUCAAAAUGGCAUGCAAGAGUUACACUUUGAAGUGAGUGUUCAUGUGUGAUAUCCAUGUGAAAAGUAAGGAUAAGUUUCAGGUCUUCACAGUUCCAGAUAGAAAAAAAAUGUUAUACAGUCAUAAUAAGUUUAGGCAGACAAAUCCAUUAUUGACAGAAAAGAACCAAAUUGAAAUUCCAGACAUUCACUGAAGAAAAACUAAAUAGAAUUGGUGAACGUUUCCAACAGAAAUCGUUCAGAUGCCUUACAUGGGAGACUAGGGUUUAAGGGAACUUCACAUGAAUGUGAAUAUUUGAGAGAUUCAUAACAAGAGGGGGCAUUUCUGACAUCUGCCUUCAGUUUGUGAAUUGGGUGGGUUUUGUUUUACAAUUUGGUGGCCUGUAGGCUUAUCAGUAGCACUGUGAGUCCAAAGAAGCACAGUAGCCAUUGACACAAACAGAGUGCAUUUCUCUUGUGACAAUGACCAAAAAAUUACCGGGUAUUUUUCCCCAUUACCAUGUUCCACUAGGAUCCAUCUGGUAGAUUGUUGUUCUGAUCACACUGUGGAGAGAAAUGAUUUACAAAAAUUCAGAUUAUGUCUAGACAUGAGCAGCAACUCCCUCUUUACAUGAGCUUUCUGAUGUGGGUAUCAGCAUGUUUCAGCAUUUAAUAAAAAUCUUGUCAGGUGACCAGACACAUCAGUACAGAGCAGAAGUUCGACAUUUCAGAGACCUCCUCUGCCUCCAUCAUAAGGAUUCAUUAACUGGUGAUGAAGGCACAUAAAGUCUCCAAAAUGCUGAACUUAUUCUUGAAACUCUAGCAGCUGACCACCCAAGAUUUUAUCAUGCUCUGUCACUGUGGAAGCUUCAAGUCUUAUUUCUGUGUGCAUGAAAACCUGUUGAAUACUGCCUGGUUAACUGCUGAGGUUCACACAUCUGAUUGUUUUGUUCUUCUGUUGUAUUACAGUCAGGUUAGAGUGUUGUUCUUGUGACUUGCAGCCAUUCAGUAAAAUUUAAGCAUAAUUAUAUUUCAGUAGUACUGAAUUGUUUGACACUUUAUGUUCAUUGUGGCACACUGUAUAAACAAACUCAUUUUAGUGUUAUUGGUAUUAAUGCAUUUGAAAAUGGUGAUUCCAAACAUUUUCAUUUGACUCAAGUAAUAUUUGAUACAUGGUCAUAUGUGUUGAAAUUGUAGCCUUUAUUUAAAUCACAGAGUUUGGUUGGGUGCAUAAUUGAUGUCUGUAACAGUUAAGUCUUUCACAGUCAGGUAUUUACUUGGUGCAUCAACUGUGUCAGGCCAUAUAGUUUCACAGUAGCAAAAGAAAAAAAAAAGAAUCCCUGCUAAGUUUCAGCAAUUAAGAGAUAGGCAGGAGAUGACAUUGGCUUAAGAUUUUUACCACUUUUCAAUAUGCUUGUGUAACAUAAUUGCACCAUGACCUCUGAGGAGUACCUAGCAAAAGCACAAAUUUAUGUGUCAUGACAAUGAAAGAGUUAACUUAAUGACAGCUGAUUCCAAAUCCUUUACAGUACCUGGAAUGUUUCAGGAGGCUGGAAAAAGUAUAUAUGGAUUUGUUAUUGCCUGUGAUGAUUAUGUAAAAUAAUGAUGUUCAGUUUUGUGUUAGUUCUUCGUCUUCUCUUUGAGUUGCAAAGUUGGUUCACAACGUCAAGAAAUUUGUGUGAAAGAAAAAUAUAAUUUUAGGCAGGGGUUCAUGUGUUCCAAUUUUUGAGGUAAGGUGUACGUAAGAGGAUAAGUUCAGAAAUCACUGUUUUAUGGAGGUACCAUCUUAUAUAACAAAGGAAUCUUAUCAAUCACAUUGUACAGCAUAACAUCGCUGAAGACUGUGACCUUCAUUUCAGCAGUUUUUUUUUUUUCAUUUCAGAUUUCAUGAAAUGAGAAAAGUUAAUCUGCAUUUUAUUCUUACAUUACAUUUGUUUAUAUAAUAUUAACUUGAGUAAAAUCUGCCAUUGUUUCAGUGACAUAGUACAGUAUUUUACAAUGAAUAUGAGAUUUGAGGUUUUCAGAGCAUUGAAAAUUAAGAUCACAGUCCUCUGGGCACUGGUGCCAUGUAAUUUGUUAGAUACGAACAUUUAUAGGGAAACACUGCCUCCGUCUACAGAAUACCCUGGCCAGAGGCUGUGUGCUAUCCCAGAAUGUUAAUACUUAGCUCCCAACUACUGAGACAUCCCAGAAUCCCAUACCUUAUUUUAGAAUAUUCUACGAUGUACUAGCACUUUUAGCCUCUUGCUUGAUCCCCUAACAGUCUGGUCAUGUAGCUACAUGCUGUAUUUUGAGUUUCACAUAAAACUCACAUGACCAUUCCAGAUGUGUUAUAGCUGAUCACAGUUGAUCACUAAUGAUUGUCUUCUGUACUUUGUGACAUUUGCAACAAUGGUUAAAAUACCUUCAGAGUAAUAAUUCAGUGCACCCAGAAGUUAUUUUAUUUCUCACAAGAGGAUGGCAUUUUAGAUAAUUUAUUUUAUUUAAAAAUAAAUGUUAUAUAUUUCACUGCCAUUAAAUCUGUUUUGUGAUUCACAUAUGUUUAUCUGUUUGUUAAGGAAAAUUUUUAAUUAUUCUAUCAUCUGCAUGUAAAAAUACCUUCAUUCUCUAACAUGAUGAUGCAAAUCUAAAUUCUGGAGGGUUUACUUUGGCAAGUUGUCUCUUGCAGUAAUGCUUCUGACUUGUAUUCUGGAGCUGCCUGGCUCAGAUCUUGACUGAGACCCCAACCAUCCUUCUGGGUUUUACAUAUCCCCAUGGCCACUUCAUUGCACAUCCUUUCUAUUUAUUCACCAGUCAUCCUAGCAGUUGGCACUAUGUAGCCUGAGAUACUGACAGCAUCAUUAAAUAAUGAACAAUUAAGUGUGGAAGCUGUUAGCCAGAACUGGGCAAUGCAUGGACUAAUUUGUAAUUAGAGAAAUGUUACCCUAAUAAGUACAUACAUUUUAUAGUAAAAAAUUAAUUUGAUUAUGGCACAGUUGACCACCUUGGCUUAAAACAUUGAAUUGUCUGUGUUCUUA